CCGGGCUGGCAACACUGGCCCGGUGAUGCUCAGAUUGCCUAUUUUCACCUAAUUUAUCGUCAUUUUAGUUCAUAGUUAUAACUGAUUUUUAUUUAAAUGCAACAUAGUGACUUGUUACAAUGUCAGAUCUAUUGUUACAUUGAUAAGCGCUCCUCCAUCCUUCUGUGAUCCUGGCGUGCAGUUAGCAGUCGAGAAAAGAGGUCUGAUAGCGCCGUCUCCCUGUUCUCAUCACUGACUGAAGUCUCAGUUUCCUCUCAAAAGAUGAAGCUCAAAGAGGACAUUAACCCGCUCCUGCUGCAGGUGUUCCGGUCAGUUGUGUGGGUCUACUCCGUCAUCACCUUCAUUCCCUGGUAUUUCUUCUCCGGGGCCAGCACCAACUUAGAUAGAGCUCGGCGGAUAAAGGCACGCUCCAUCACUGGACUUCCAGCUGGUCCGUACAGAGCGGUGAACUGCCAAGGUCAACUGGUGGCAUGGCUGCACCCAGGGGUGGACACUUUGGACAGAAUGUUUGAAUAUGCUGCCAAGAGGUUCCCUGAGAGAGACUGUCUGGGCACAAGAGAAGUGUUGAGUGAAGAGGAUGAGGUGCAGCCCAAUGGGAAGGUGUUUAAAAAGGUAAUUUUGGGUAACUACAAUUGGCUGAGCUAUGAAAAAGCCUACCAUGCAGCUCAAAGCUUCGGCAGUGGCCUGGCAGCUCUUGGGCAGAAGCCCCAGUGCAACAUCGCCAUCUUCUGUGAGACCAGGGCAGAGUGGAUACUGGCAGCUCAAGCCUGUUUUAUGUACAAUUUUCCAUUGGUAACUCUUUAUUCGACUCUUGGACCCACGGCUAUCGCACAUGGGUUGAAUGAAACUGAGGUCACCCACAUCAUCACAAGCAAAGACUUGCUGCAGAGUCGUCUUAAGGCGAUACUGUGUGAUGUGCCAAGGCUCCAGUACAUUAUCGUCGUUGACAACAAGCCCACGAGCUGGCCUGACCUCCCCAGAGGCAUAGUGGUGAAGAACAUGGACACUGUGAGGGACUUGGGAUCUAAGCCUGACAGCAUUUCAGUUGACCGCAGACAGCCAGUGCCCUCAGACAUUGCAGUCAUCAUGUACACCAGCGGCUCAACAGGCAUCCCCAAGGGUGUCAUGAUCUCCCAUGGCAACAUCAUCGCCUGCAUCACGGGCAUGGCUGAGCGGGUACCCAACCUCAAUGAAACGGACACGUACAUUGGCUACCUGCCAUUAGCGCACGUGUUAGAGCUUAGUGCUGAACUGGUCUGCAUCUCUCAUGGAUGUCGCAUUGGCUAUUCUUCACCUCAGACACUUGCUGACCAGUCUACCAAGAUAAAGAAAGGUAGUAAAGGAGACACAAGUGUGCUUAAACCUACUCUGAUGGCAGCUGUACCGGAAAUUAUGGAUCGGAUUUAUAAGAAUGUCAUGACCAAAGUGGAAGAGAUGAGCAGGUUCCAGAAGACCCUCUUUGUUCUGGCAUACAACUACAAAAUGGAGCAGAUUUCAAAGGGCUACAGCACACCUCUCUGCGACAGGCUAGUAUUCAAGCGUGUACGUGCACUGCUGGGAGGACACACGCGGCUCUUGCUUUCUGGAGGAGCUCCUCUCUCUGCAGCUACACAGCGUUUCAUGAACAUCUGUCUCUGCUGCCCCGUGGGACAGGGUUAUGGCCUGACGGAGACCUGCGGUGCUGGCACCAUCAGCGAGGCUUGGGACUACAGCACAGGACGUGUUGGUGCACCGCUUGUGUGUUCUGAGAUCCAACUAAAGGACUGGCAAGAAGGUGGAUACUACAGCUCAGACAAGCCCAACCCACGAGGGGAAAUUUUAAUUGGUGGUCCCAAUGUUACCAUGGGUUAUUACAAAAAUGCAGGAAAAAACCAAGAUGACUUCUAUGUGGAUGAGAAAGGUCAGCGAUGGUUCUGCACUGGAGACAUUGGGGAGUUUCACUCUGAUGGAUGCCUCAAAAUCAUCGAUCGCAAGAAGGACCUGGUGAAGCUGCAAGCCGGUGAAUAUGUUUCUCUGGGGAAAGUAGAAGCUGUCCUGAAGAACUGUUCUCUCAUUGAUAACAUCUGUGCCUAUGCAAACAGUGACCAGUCCUACGUGAUCAGCUUUGUGGUGCCUAAUCAAAAGCAGUUAAUGGCACUGGCUGAGCAAAAGCAAGUGAAGGGCACAUGGGAAGAGCUCUGCAACAACGCCCAGAUAGAAAAAGAGGUGCUUCGCGUCAUCACUGAAGCUGCAAUCUCUGGAAAACUGGAGAGGUUUGAGAUCCCCAAGAAGAUUCGUCUGAGUGCUGAGCCUUGGACCCCAGAGACUGGAUUAGUUACUGACGCAUUCAAACUCAAGCGCAAAGAGCUCAAAACACACUACCAGGAGGACAUCGAGAGAAUGUACGGCGGAAAAUAACAUUCGGAAAACACAACUUUAUAUUUGCACACAUUUAUGAGGAGUCCAGAUACCACUAGCUGGAUGAAGACAUACUUUUAUUUAGACAUGCACACAUUUGCAGGAAAACUACUCCAUGGCUUUCCUUAACCAGCUUCUAUCAAAGAAGGAAAAAGAACUUGAAUCCAUCCUAACACUCCAUGUCAUGACCAAAAGGCUGCAGGUCCCCUAACUAAACCAUACAAACACGGGGCGCCGCAAGCACUGUUUUCCUCUUUUGGACCGAUUUAGCCCUUAGAGUCGCCAUGACAACCGAGGUGGCACAUAAAGUCCGGGUGACUUGAAGAGAAACAAAUGUCAGGCUGUGUGGAUCAAUGUCCCCAUGUCUUGUCUGUUGCUUUUUAUUAUAUUCCAUCCUUUUGUUUGUCCACUCCUCUCCUGUAGUGGUCUCAGACUUGUAGUGUAGGUAUUUGAUAGGGAAAGAUGGAGGAACUUAUGCAGGGAUUUCUUCUUUAUCUGGUAUUACAUUUUGUGAGGAAAUGCUUUUAAGAAUGUUCUUGAAUGCUUUUUCAUACUGUUCAUAUUUUUUUAUUUUAUUUGUUUUUAUAAUGCUCUUUAAUCAGUUGUUUUUUUACAUGCUUUAUUUUUAUCCCAAAAGACUUUACUUUGGGCAUGUAUGUUCUGACUUGACGCAUUUUCCCUAAGGCCUUCACUGUAACGGUCAAAUGAGAUUUAUCUUUAUUUCUAUCCAGGUUUUUAUUGGUUUACUGAUAUGGCCCUACCACAUUUGCCACUAACACACUCCUCAAGUCUCAACCAAGUCUCCGUUCGGACUUCAAGGGAACCUAGCCUGUAGCAUAGUUACAUAUAGGAGAUGUAUAGAUUCAGCAGUCUUCGAUAACAGUUUAAUUCCAUCCUUUGAGUGCGAUGUUUUGUGUUCUCAUUUUGCUCCUUUUAGAUUACUAGUAUACUUUUAACUUUUGUACUUACAAUAAUGACAUAUGAAAUGAAUGUGCAAUAUUUAUAUACACAUUUUAAAGUAUUUAGGAAGGAAAUUGACCCUCCUUUAGUGUAUGAAUGUUUAGGGCCUCUUCAAUGAAGGCAGAGUUUAUGAAAUUUAAAAUCAGAGUUCACAUAGAAACGGUAGAGACACUGAUUGGGAAGUCUACAUGUAGCCCAUUGAAAUGUAGUAUGCUCAAAAAUUAAAAUUGUUAUUUGGCUAUAUAGAAACUGCAUGAUGAAGUGUGUGCAAAUAUACCAAAGUGCUUGAACAUUUACUUGAAAUUGGGGUUAGAAAAUGGCACUCCGGUUACAACAACUGAAGACAUCAUAGCAAAAGUUUGCCAAGGAGAGAAGAAAAAAAAUAUCCAUAUCCAGAUUGUGUGUUAUAAUGUAUGUGCAAUGUAUAUAAAAAGGGUUGACUUUUAACUGCCAUUAUAUAUUUAACCAUAUAAACAACUUACUGGUAUUUGACAGGCGAUGAUGCACCCCUGUUUUUGAGCUGCUUAGUUUGUUCUUUACAUUUCUCAGGCAGGAACAUGCAAGAGGAGCCUACUUUGAAUGCUAAAUUUCAUUUGCUUGUACUAACUCAUAGGAUUGACAAUGGUACAGUCAGUUUUAAAUGUUCAGAUGCCUACAAUGGUUGCAAUAUUCGCAUGUCAACUGUUUGACUUUAGGGGACCCCAUUUUUCUUGUUAUUUUUUUUUUUUUUUUGAAACAACACUUAUGAAAAAGUCAAUAGCUUACUGUGCUGUUUGCUGCUCUCCCUCUGCCUGGCUAGAGGCUCGUUGCCUUUCUUACACACAUGAGCUGUCUGCAGGGUUUGAAGAAUGUGAAGUGCUCCUCCAAAACCUUUUCUGUUGUGUGCUGAUGAGCCUACUGACAGCGACCAUUUGGCUGAACGGCUGGUGGUGCGUAUGCAAACCACUGCUGUUGAUAUUUUCACUUGUAAAUACAUGGGAGGCGGUUUCUUCAUAUGUAUUUCUUAUGUGCAGGCAUCCUCCUAACAUAUUUAAUAAUGUUUGUUACUGACCAGUUUUGGGGUUACCUUUUUGUUUUUGUGUGGUUACAUUGCCCUUUCAACUGGGCUUCUUGAAAGUGUCUCCUUCCUUAAUUUAUUUGUGAUUUGGCCUUGAAAAUUAUGUAAUAAAUUUUGUCUUGUAAGUA